GGACGCGCAGGACGGCCCCGGACUAGAUCCGGUGGAGGUCGCCGCCUAGGUUUCGUCCAGUACAACGACAGGCCAUCGCCGAGCCCUCCACUGGCCUGUGCAUUAGAAGGGAGCUUAUCUGGUGAUUUCAUCGUCGACUUCAAGUGGGAUGGAUUUUAGUAGAGGACGCAGCAUCAACAGUGAUGCCUUUGCUGGGUUGGAGACUUGGGAGGAUCCCACUCCUAGGCCAUCACCAUUUACCUUUGAGGACUUGCGUGAUGCCUUUGUUGAAGCCUCGAAGCGCCAGAUGCGCCUUAGGCCCAAGUCACCAUCCAGGGAGGAUCUGAUGAUACGUAGGCAGGAGCAUGACCGUAAGAGCUUGGUGAUGGCGCUGAAUGUCUACGCCAAGCAAAACAAUAUGCAGCCCAGCGAGUUAGAGCUUGUGGAAAUAAUGCAAAGAAAUCUAAUUGACGAGUAUGGAAAAGGCUAUGUGCACUUCAACUUCACUGUGAAAAGUUUGGAUGGCACGGUUCAUUUGUUCUUCGCUGAGGUACAUCCUGACUGUAGAGAAGUUGAAGAUGUUUAUCACUGCACUGCUCUGAACACGAUUGAUUCUGGUCAUUGUAUUGGGUGCAAGGAUCGAGCAUCAGAUCUUCAGCAUCCUAAUGAUGGUGGCUACUUGGGUGGGCACAAAGACGUAGGAUUUCCAUUUAUGGAGUAUGAUGAUAGUGAUUCAGCUGGUGAAGAUGAAUGGCCGACAAUGAUUGGGUUGAGUGAAGGUGAUAAGUAAUAAUGUAGGAUUUCCCUUUGUGGAGUAUGAUGAUAGUGAUUCAUCUGGUGAAGAUGAAUGGGCGACAGUGAUUGGGUAGAGUGAAGAUGAUGAGUAUAAUGUAUUCUGCUAGCGUGAAAAAAAAGAGUUAUAAGACAUGGAUCUUCAGGUCUAUUCUGUUUUCUUAUUUUCUUGUGGUGGAAUCUACUCUUUUUUUUUGGAUGCGGAGGAAUCUACUUUGUGCAAAGUGCCCUGGAGCGUCAUUAGCUAGAGUUGUAAUUUUAGAGUUGACAAUAGUUUUUGAGCCAGUAUUAUGAGUUGCGCACGUGUAUUUUAUUCAUCAUUUCCUAA